UCGCGUCCCGUUACAUACCCAGAUCAACAGAACUACACGCCUAUAUAUAAUAACAAAUCAGAGAAUUGGAGAGUCCUUGAAAAUUUACUGCUUGCACAUUCCUCUCCCAUCUGCAGCUAGUUCCAUCGUACAUUGUCCACGACUGUCAUUGCUGAUUCUUCUCGUCGAGUCCUAGCUCCAAUCAAUCCGUUUCCAUAUGGGAGUCAUACGGAUUGCAAGCCUUCUACUCCUUGCUGGGGCAAUUUGGUGGUUAGAGGCGAAAUCUGGUGCCGAGGCCGCCGGCACGACGGUGUUCACGCUGCACAACAACUGCACCCAGACGAUCUGGCCGGCCACAUUGUCCGGAAACAGCGCGGCGGCCGUCGGGGGCGGGGGCUUCGAGCUGUCGCCCAACGCCACCGUCUCGUUCCCGGCCCCGGCAGGCUGGUCGGGCCGCCUCUGGGCGCGCACAGGCUGCGUCGCGUCGCCGUCGCCGUCGCCGUCCCCGUCCCCGUCCUCCCCCUCCGGGCUCUCGUGCGCCACGGGCGACUGCAGCGGCGCCGCGAGCUGCUCCCUCGGCGGGGCGCCGCCCGUCACGCUGGCGGAGUUCACCCUGGGCGGCGCCGACGGCAAGGACUUCUACGACGUGAGCCUGGUGGACGGGUACAACGUCGGCGUCGGCGUGGCGGCGACGGGCGCCAGGGUGAACUACGCCACGUGCGGGUACGCCGGCUGCGUCGGGGACGUGAACGCGCUGUGCCCGCCCGAGCUGCAGAUGUCCGCCGGGGCGAAUAAGGCCGCGGAGGAAGGGCCGACGGUGGCGUGCCGGAGCGCGUGCGAGGCGUUCGGGACGGCCGAGUACUGCUGCACGGGCGCGCACGGCGGGCCGAGCACCUGCGGGCCGACCAAGUACUCGAGGCUGUUCAAGGCGGCGUGCCCCGCGGCCUACAGCUACGCGUACGACGACCCCACCAGCACCUUCACCUGCGGCACCGGCGCGCAGUACCUCGUCACCUUCUGCCCGGGCCACCAGUAGUAGUGGCCGGAGUUGUGGCCGUGCGGACCGUGUGCGAGCGGCACAAACUGCAACUGCCGGUGCCCGUUGAUCAUUUUGUUUAUCUUAUCUUAUCUUAUCUAAUCUAAAAAAAAUGCUUGUAAUUUUGCAUUUGCCACUAGGACUUGCUAGAGCAUAGAAAGUUUGGUGUGACGAACUCAAUGUUUCCAUGCCAUCCGUGCACACGCGCGUACACGGUAUACCUGAUGUGACGGAUCCAACUUCCCAACAAUGACAGGCCAUUAGGAUCGUAA